AUGUCUUAUAACAACAGUACAGUGCUUAUUUCCACUACAGUAUCAGCAAAAACACUUAUCGAUACUCUCAAUCUUAUUCUGACUCGAUUUAUUAAUUAUCUCCCAUUACCAUUCGUAAUUCUUGGUUCAAUUGGCUUUAUUGGAAAUAGUAUCACUUUUCUUCAACCAACACUCCGUACAAAUACUUGCUGUAUUUACACACUUUGCAGUUCAUUCAUAGAUGUCUGUAAUCUCAUUAUCAAUCUUUUACCAAAUUAUCUCGGUCAAUAUGAUAUUUCUUGGUUUUCACGGCUGUUUUCACGCGUUCAGUGUAAAUUUAAACUCUUUGCAGUUGUUUUUCUACCUCAACUAUCUAUUAAUCUUCUGCUCUUAUCUUUAAUCGAUCGGUUUGCUUCUACAUUAGAUUUAACGUCGUCAAUUCGUCGAAUAUGUCAACGAAAUAAGGCUCCAUACUUCAUUUCAUUAAAUAUUAUUAUCAGUGGUCUCAUGUCAUUACAAUCACCUAUUCUCAAUGAUGUAAUUCCUUUCUACAUGUGUUCCUCCACAAAUCCAGUACUUUCAAGUGUUUUGUAUAGCCUUAUUCACGGUAUUGCAGCACCUGCUGUCAUGUUAAUUUUUGUAUUACUCACUUAUCGGAAUGUUAUUCGAAGUCGUCAACGAGUAGGUGUGAUUGUAGUGAGAAAACAAAAUCGCUCACGAAACCGAUUUGUCGGAAUGAUAUUUGUUCAGAUCUUUGGUACAGCUUUCUUUUGUUUGCAGUGGUUAGGCAUGUAUAUAUACUGGUCUGCAACUCAGAACAAUACGAAAAGUUAUGAACGGAUAAUGGUUGAAAUUUUUGUUUUUAUUUUAACAAAUAAUUUGUAUUAUUUAAAUAAUGUCAAGUCAUUCUAUUUAUCAACGUUGGUGAGUCAUCGAUUUCGAAAGGCAUUUGUCGAAGGUAUGAUGAGAGGAGUAACUUGUGGUCGAUAUCGACGACGCGAAGAAAAUCAUACAAAUUUUUCAAUGUCAAACAAGAUACGAGGUGAUCGGAAAGCACGAUUACCAUCUUGA